GUCUUGGAAGCAAGGAAAGAAGGUACAUAGACCAGAGGAGGCAGACAUGGCAGCUUUGGACGUCCGUGCUGUGCGUGCCCAACUGGCAGCGCUCGGGUACGACAACGUGCCCGACGAGCUGCUUGCCGAGUUUGUGGCCGAGCUGGAGCAGCUGACGGCUGCAAGUGGGCCUGCGACGACGACGACGAGGGCGGUGACGACGGCGAAGACGUCGACGGCGAGCGGUGGAGCUGGGAUCGGUCGAGGUGGGACGAGAUCCGAUGGCUUUGGCGGCGAGUACGACGACGGCGAGGAGUACGAGUACGAGUAUGAGUACGCGUAUGUGGAUCCGGUGACGGGACAGCCUGUGGACGGACGCACGGGGGUGGUCGGCGGAGUGGAUGUGGAGGACGAGGAGUUCCGGGCGGUGUAUGGGCAGCGGAGCAAGGGGAGCAGUGGCAUGCCGCGGCGGCGGCCGCUGACGGCGGUUGUCAACGGAGCGCGGCCAAAGGAGGCCAAGGGCUUUAUCCGGUCGCGGCCGUAUACGGCGCACAUCGGAAGUAAGGCCAAGGCCGACAAGGUGGCACGGUAUCACGCGACGCAGGCCGAGUGGGCGCACGAUCCGUUCCUCAAGCGACAGGGCGGCGGCGGGAAGCGGGCGCCGCGGCGGCCGGGAAGCCGGGCAGGCGAGGUCGAGGUAGUGCCCAAGCGCAAGCGGCACAAUCUUGCGGCAAUGCGGCCAAACUACGUCCCGCCGGGUGAGAAGGAGCGCCGCGGACUCCGGUGGAAGAUCCGCGAGCAGAUGUGGCAGUCGGAGGAGGGCUUUAAGCGCAAGCAGCUCAAUCUGGCGGCCGAGGCGCGGAAGAACGCAUACGUGCCGCCAACUUCGCGGCAGCGGAAGGCGCUGCGGUGGCAGAUCCGCCAGCAGAUGCUCGAGUGAGGAGUAAAGGGG